CCUUCUCCUUUUCUGGGAGACUGGUUUGCAACUACCAUAAUAUAUUCAGCCAUCACAAACACCUGAAAGAACAGAUGUCUCUAUCAAACCUAAAGUGUAUUGUGACAGGUGCCUCCUCAGGAAUUGGGAGGGCAACAUGUCACGCCUUGGCCAAACAAGGUGCCAAAGUCGUCGGCGCUGCAAGGAACGAGCAAUCCUUGGCGAAACUCAAGAAUGAAGGUGGUGUCUUUGACUUUGUUGUUGCAGACAUCACGAAACCAGGUGACUGCGAGCGGAUGGUCACAAAAGCAGUGGAAUUAUUGGGCGGGUUGACGACUGUGAUUAAUGCAGCUGGUGUCCUCUUUGGAGGAGGCAUGGGCGACGUUGAUUUAUCCAAUUAUCAGAAGAACAUGACAUGCAAUACACAGGCCCCCUUUGAAAUUAUGGUCCACGCAAUACCGCUCCUCAAGAAACAGGAUGAAGCCAUUUCUCGGUCCAUUAUCAAUGUCAGUUCCGUCAAUGGGAAGCAGGCAUUUGCUGGUUGCGUGUCGUACUGCAUGAGCAAAGCUGCUGUAGACCAAUUGACUCGAUGUGCUAGUGUGGAUUUGGCGAAGUUUGGCAUUCGAGUAAACGCUGUGAACCCUGGUGUGAUUGAGACAAAUUUGCAAAAGGCAGGAGGCCUGACAGACGAACAAUAUGCUGGCUUUUUGAAGCGGUCCAUCGAGACCACGCAUCCCAUUGCAGCUAGUCUUGGCCGCGUAGGACAACCAGACGAGGUGGCCGAGCUCAUUUGCUUUCUAGUUUCAGAUUCUGCCAAGUUUAUCACUGGUGAAUGCAUCGCCAUUGACGGUGGACGACAAAACCUAGGGGCUCGAUAGGCAAAGAGGAAAAUGCUGGAACAACGCACAAACAACACGACUGGCACUCUUUCAUUUACGUUCUGGAACAAUGAAAUAGCGAUAAACUGCAUAUUAUGACACCAAUGGCCCAAAGCAGGCCACCACCAGUAGAGAAUUAGAGGUCUGAUGCUGCUUCCGAGUCCAAGAAGUAGGUUGGCGACUGCAGCAACUGUGCUGGAAAUGUUCCCCGCGGCUCUUCGGCCGGACGAACCAUGGCCCGCUUGACCGCUUCUUUCUUGCCCUUGCUACCGCCACAAACCACCACAGCCACGUCUCGUGCUGCAUUGAUAGACUCGAUAGUCAACGUGAUCGAACUUGGUUCUCCUUCCUUGGGUGAUCCUGCAACAGCGUUGGUUGUGUUGAGAACAGCAGGUCCCAUGGGGUGAUUCGAUCCAACGUGUCCGUCGGAUCCUAAUCCCAAGAGGACCAAAUCAAAAAUUGGACACCCAUUGCUUGAGGUUGGGAUAUUGGCUUCUUUUAAUGCAUUGGCAUAGAAUGCUGCAUCCGCGGAUCCAUCGGUGCCUUCCACUGGAGACGGAUUGGGGCAUACAAAUCGAGUUAUUCCUGCCUCAUUGGCAAAUUUGGUUUUGCACUUGGCAAUGGUGGCCUUCUUUUCAUCGUCCAGUGCCACGCACUUGUGAUUGACAAACGACAAGACAACCUUCGAGUAAUCAACCUUUUGGUCGUUGAGGCCUGCCAAUGCGUCGAGCAAGGAACCACCCGCAACUGCCAAAUGAAAGACGCCACGUUCGGCAAUGGCCUUGUUGGCGGCAGCCGCAACAUACUCGCAGAGAGCCUUGGAAACUUUGUCUUUGGUUGGGAAAACCUUCGUCGUCAAGGGAGCUGGUUUCGCAAGUUCAGGUUUCGACGACGAGGACUUCUCUUUCUUGGCUGCCUUGACAAGGCCAACCAUCAAUACUGCAGUCACCGCAAACAGGGCAAGGCUAGUGGAAAGUGUUUUGGAAUCCAUCCUUUUGCUGCUACAACACGACAUUGUUGAGGGAAUCUUCUACCGUACGGCGUUACAACUGAAGAUGACACUCGGGCGGAUUGUUGUUAGAUUGUGGCACCCUUGGGUUUUGCAAAGGUCUGUUACAAGGAGUCUUAAGAAUCAGAUUAUUCUUAAGAAUCAGGAAAAAAUCUUGGGAAAAUUAUGAUUCUUAAGAAUCAAAUACAGGGUAGACAAGGAUUCUUAAGAAUCAGCCU